GUCAGCGACGCAUGCGUAACAGAACGGACGGCACUGCAGAAGCAAGCGAGUUCAUGAGUGUAUCGAUUUUAUGAUCGUGUCUCUCGCCGCUUGUGCGUCCGUUUCCUUUAGUUUUUAGUGGUCGUGCUCAUAGUACAUGGAUAAAAUCGUGAAUGGGAUUAGUUGCUAGUCUCUUCACUUCGUACACCCGCUGAUUCGCAACACUUCGACACCCUCGCCAUGACCAAGGAUAGAUUAGCAGCCCUCGUUGCGGCCCAGUCGGACGACGAUGAUGUGGCGGACGAUGUGUCCGUCAAUGUCGGCGCGCCCGAUGAUUAUAUGACCGAGUUUUUCGCGGAGGUGGAAGAGAUCCGCGCGAUGAUAGACAAGAUCCAGAAGAACGUGGAAGAUGUGAAGAAAUUGCACAGUACCAUCUUGUCGGCACCACAAACCGAUGAAAAGGUCAAAAUGGAUUUGGAAGACCUGAUGUCCGACAUCAAGAAAACGGCCAACAAAGUCAGAGCCAAGUUGAAGGUGAUAGAGCAAAAUAUCGAGCAAGAGGAACACACGAACAAAUCGUCGGCGGAUUUGAGGAUACGCAAGACACAGCACUCGACGCUUUCGAGGAAGUUCGUCGAGGUGAUGACGGAGUACAAUCGAACGCAAACCGAUUACAGAGAACGGUGUAAGGGAAGGAUACAGCGACAGUUGGAAAUCACCGGUAGGACAACCACCAACGAAGAACUAGAGGAAAUGCUGGAACAAGGAAAUCCGGCCGUGUUCACGCAAGGAAUCAUUAUGGAAACGCAACAAGCGAAACAAACUCUUGCCGACAUUGAAGCGCGCCAUGCGGAUAUCAUCAAACUGGAAAACUCGAUCAGGGAACUUCAUGAUAUGUUCAUGGACAUGGCUAUGUUGGUAGAAAGUCAUAGAUUUGGUGAGAUGAUAGAUCGCAUAGAAUACCACGUGGAACACGCGGUGGACUACGUGCAGACGGCUACGCAGGACACCAAAAAAGCGCUCAAGUAUCAAAGCAAAGCCCGACGGAAGAAAAUCAUGAUCAUGAUCUGCCUCGCCAUACUCGCCGUCGUUCUGGCCACCACCAUCGGUGGAUACUUCGGACUGUGAACGCUUCAAUCAGAAGGGUCCGAAGACAUCGCCGUCGUCGUCGUCGCCGUUGCGUAUGUGAAUGCAAAACGUCGACAACGCCAACAUCCAGACAAAUCGGCCCGAAAACGAAACGUUGUUAUUGAACAGCUCGCAUUUUCGAAGUCAACGGAUCGCCGCUGUCGAGCAGCCACGACCGUGACCGUAGCCACAACCACACCACUAUCACCACCACCAGCAACAACAAUACGCGAUCUUGAUCACGAUCUCGCUUGCGGCGACCUCGACAGGCCUGCGCGCAUCCACGCGUGCCUGCUGCUCGUCCUACGGAUCACCACUGAAUUCCUUCUUCUGUCACGCUUGCGCGUACACGAGUUACCCGCCUACCGACUAUCCACACGAGAAACAACAAAAGAGGGGAGAAGAGAGGAGAACAAGAUUGAUAACGAUCGCAGACUACUCUCGCUGUACGAAGAAUUGCCGCGCCGUCGUCGUUGUUUGCCGUAGCGAUCGUCGUUUGUUGCCGUAGCUUCAUCACCGUUCAUCUAGUCUUUGCUUCUCUUUUCUUUAAUUUCGCUCAGCUCCGGUUAGUGUUUGGUCCCCUUUAUCGCGCGUAUCUGAGUAAACUCGGUGCGCGGAUAGUUUCACCGCUAGUCUCGACUCGUUCAUUGAAAAGCGUAGAGAUUGCGCCAGCUGAAACAAUCUUUUUCCUGAUACGCUCGGUUUCUGCAAAGUAUUAUCCUGCCCCUAGUGAACUCGUGGAAACGUGUACGGCCAUCAUUCAUUCUUCGUAAAUGGAUAAAAUACCGAGAUGAAAGCGACAUAGACGCGAACAUGGACAACGUGAAGCGACCUCUCGUGGUUCAUCGACGUACCGAAGCGGGAAAAUUCGCGUUGAAACGUGGACGAGGUUGUCACGAUGCCCGCGAAAUUGCUGUUCGGCCUACGAACGAAGAGAGAAAAGAAACAAGGGUGUUGGCUGGUGGCCGCGAACACCUCGUUUUUCGUCGCGUCUCGUUCCGAGCCAAGCCUAUAUGCCCAAUGGAGUUUUUCUGUAACGCGAGACGCCGCGAAGUUACCGAGCAAAAUCCUCUCGUUUUUUCCACGCUGGCUUUUCGGCGUUGCACGUCGGCUCUGGUAGCCGUGUCGAGAAUACCACGCCACAACACCGACUACCUACCGAAGUGCAUUCUUUUGACUGUGAUUUUUAACCGAGCUUGGAAAUUAGUUCUUUACCGAUCUCUCGGAUCUAUUUCGAACGCGUUCGAUUCUAGCUACAAUAGAUUCGAGAUGUGCACCACGCACAGUAUCACUCGCUACAUAUCACGACUCUUCGAACAAGGCGUAUAGCUUUCUUUACCGGGUGUAUCCCUAUCCAUGUUUCUCGUUUCAUUUUUUCUCCUUCUCUCUCUGUUUCUCUUUUUGCGCCGUUUAUUACUUUAAAUCGAGAAUCGAACGCCAUGAACGAUCAGUGGCUGAGGCAGAGAAGGAGGAGAAAGAGGAGGUCGAAACAUCAUCGCGUCAGAUAUUUAAUGAUUGUAACAAGUACGCGCAAAAGCGGGAAUCGGCUCCGAAAAUAUAGUAACGGUAACGGUAAGAAUAGUACAAUUGUUUGGCUAUGUGCGUAACGAUUGCGGAGAAAGCGGAAAAAAGACCACUGAACCGGUGCGAAUCGGUGACGAUCGUGAGAGUGCAAAGAACGAAUUUCCAAGUAUGUCAUAAUGUUAGGAUAGCUUUCGUGGGACGGAAUACGCGGUAUACAUUUAAGUAGUUUGUUUCUCGCUUUCGACGCUGCGUGCCAUCGUCAUCGCGAUUUGUGAAUGCAACUGGAUCAAGCGCCAUAAAAAGACGGAUGGAACGUCUUCGAGUUCGUGUUGCACGAAACGCCAUUAGGGUAUUGGGUCGACGUACAUAUGUAACCGUUUCGCUUCCCUUCGUGAACAAACACACGUUUCCUUUCGAAUUCGAACGCGCUUACUCUCGUUGAUCUUUGUCGAGUUUGUCGCGACAUUUCUUCCUGUUAUACGUGCAAACGAUGAAACAUACACACACACGAGCGCAUGAUCUGUUUUUCAGUUCAGUUCAUGGUUACUGGGCACGUUUAUCCGUGCUUCGAAAUGAUCGGUCGAACGACCAAUUCGCAACGCAAUAACGAUGACUGUGACCACGACGACGACAAGGACACACGCGCGUCUUUCGUUUUCGUUCGUUCGGUCGCGACGGUCGGUGCAAAGUCGGGAAGGGCUUUUUGCGAGAAACUUGCGUCGUAAUCGAAGCAAUUGGUCUCGGCGGAGAGAACAACAUGCUGGAAGGAGGAGGAAAUAUGGACACAACGACGAAGAAUACGUGACAAGGAGAGAAGAGGAGGUCUAUAAAGCUGCAGCAAUAAUAUAAUGUAGGUGUUACGGGGGAAGAAACAAAGAAAUAAUUAACGCUAAUACAAUCGUCGACGAUAAAAUCUGCAUCAUACCGAUGCAUCGUAUUUACACAAAGUGUAUACAUGUUUAAUGCUACAUGUGUAUAUAUACGUAUAUAAGUGGG